GAAGUGCCGGUGCCCACAAGCCCGAUGAGUGCAAAGCGGCAGGGGGACAAAGAUGAUGGCGGCAGGGCAAAGCGGCAGGGGGACAAAGAUGAUGGCGGCAGGUCGCCGAAGAGGGGGACGGCCCCGAGUGUUGUCACCGUGGACAUGCAGCACCUGGAAAUGCUCCUGCAGCAGAAUGGCGAGAAGAUCAUGGAGGCCCAGCGGAUGCAUCUUGAGGCACGGAUGGGGGCCCUAGAGGAACUCACAGGCAAGCGGAUGGCCUCGGCGGAGACCCGCUUGGGCAAUAUGGAGACCAAGAUGGAAACAGUGGAGGCCCGGAUUGAAGAUCUGGUCCAACAGAUGAAAGAGGGUGCAGGUCGGGGGUCGGCCGGGCCUGCGGGAGCGGAGAGACAGCUGACGUUAGUGUAUGGUGGAUGGCAGCGAGAUACCCGUAGGGCUGACAUACUCAAGGACUUCAAGGCUGCUCUUCAGAAACUGGAGGUGUGGGAUCUGCUCGAUUUCGACCCCUUUGUCACGGGUCCGCGGAGGUCUACGGCACUGAGUGUGUUCGAAGUCCGGGGUGGGGAAACCGAGUACCAUACCAAGCGCCGCAUGCACCGCGUGGUCAGGGCGCUUGCCGAGAACCAGGUGCACUUGCAGGGAGGCAAGAAAAUGUUCGCUACUUAUGCGCGCAGCAAGCAGGAAAGGGAGAUGGCCUCGCACGCUUCCUGGGUCCGCAGGGCUGUCCACAACUUAGAUGCCGACAAGGUUGCCUUGCUGGACCUCGAGUACCAGACAGGAGGAGUGUGGGCAGGGAACAGCUUCGUGGCUUCGGCCAAGCAGCCUUGCCCCCCUGGGGUGGCGCCGAGUGACCUGAUCAUCAAUGAGGACAAGGUGGGCAGGUCGUCGCCGAUUGGGUGGGAGCUCUACCAGAUGAUGCACUUCUUUGCCUUCAGGAACUUCCACGGGCACAACGAGGGUGGCAACGGCAGAAUCAGGGGUCGUGGCUGCUGGUGUCCCACCGUCAUGACGAAGCGUGGCGUGGGUCUGGUGUUGCCUUCCGCUCGGCACAAUGGAAAGUCAUGCGCCGAAAAGCCUCGGAGCGCGGAGUGUGGCUUAGACUUAGGUUGCACUCAGACCCAGCAUGCCGCGCAGGUCUCGGGACACCUACAGGAGCUACCGCCGACGAAUGGCAAGACGACCGAGUUCCUGCAGCAGUGCCGGGGUCGAGGGCUGGUUGCUGUAGCUCCGCCUGAGGACGCAUGGGAGACGCCAACUACGAGGCCCAGACAGCAGGACAAGGCAGGGAAACAGAUUGACGCGCUUCUGUGCUCCAGGGUGCAACAUAGCAGCUUACACAUCCAUGUGGGGUCUUUCUGCAGCUUGAACACUGAUCAUGAGAUCCUGUCGACUGAUGUGGCGCUGAGGGUUGGGAAGACGGGGACCAAGCACACAACAAGACCCAGAACCCUGGUGACACCAAUCACAACCGUUGGGGAGCUUGAUCAGGCAGAGCUGCGACGGCUUGCGGAGCAGCACACCCAACCGCAGCGGGGCCAUGCGUACAGGGACCCGGUGAGUGUGAGACGUGCUUUUCGAGCAGCCAGGGAUGCGGGCGAGCAGGGGCAGUGGACACAGGCUAGGAGGAUGCGGAAGGAAGCCCGGCAACGAUGGGAACGUGACCGCCUGGAAAGGGCCACGAAUGGGGACUGGGGAGCGGUGAAGCAGCUUCGCAGGCAGGCUGAUACGGGGUGGGAUGUCUCCUUUGCAGAGGCCAAUGAGGGCAAAGACCCCCACCAAGUCAUCCAUGACCAUCUGGCGGGGAUUUAUACCACAGGAGAUGUAGUUCCACCUUUGUCGCCCUGGGAAGGCGACGUAGUGCCCUUUGACCUGGGAGAGCUACGGGAGGCCCUGGCACAGGGGAAGACCGGGAAAGCAGUAGGGACGGACUGCACCAGCCACGAACUUAUGCAAGGAAUCGCAGCUACGGAGCAGGGACAGCAACGCCUCUUGGAUCUCUACAACAGACUCUAUGCAUCCCAGACUGUGCCCCAGGACUGGAAUGAGGCCCUAAUGAUCGUGAUCCCCAAGGAAAGAGGCCCUACAGAGCCCAAGGCAUUGAGACCAUUGGCCAUGGGGUCGGCGGCUGCCAAGGUCUACAGCCGCCUACUACUGGCCAGGACAUUGCCUUUCUUGCAGUUAAAGGGGAGCCUGCAGUGUGCAGGGAAGCACAAGCAGCCGUCGGAGUACAUCUUUUCGAUUGCGAGGGUCAUGGACUUGGAGGCUGAGUGGCAUAGGGGGAUAGUGGCUGCAAAACUGGACAUCACCAAAGCAUAUGACAUGGUCCACAGGCCUUCCAUGCUGCGGAAACUGAAGCACGCUCUGGGGGAUGGGCCGACAUAUCGUGCGUGGCACUCAUUGCUCUCUGACACUACCGCAGUCCUGCAGACAGGGUGGAACACCUCGUACCUACAACUAGAUCGUGGCAUCAAGCAAGGGUCGAUUGAAAGCCCGGCGCUCUUUGCCUACCUAGCAGACACUAUCCUGGAUGACACCAGGCACAAGCACAGCUGGGCAAAACGGAGACAGGCCUUCCCAGACCUUGACCUGGAGGAAUUGAUGUUCAUGGACGACGGCCUGCUUUGGGCUGAGGACGCCAAGGCGCUGUCUCGGAAACUACAGGAGUGGGCUGAUGAACUGGCUGCACAUGGUCUGUCCUUGAACCCCCUGAAGUGUAAAGUGUACUUCUCCCCCUAUGCAGACACGCGGCAGCAAGUGCGAGUCAACGGUGAUGCAGUCCCUCGAGUUUCGGUCCUGGAAGUCAUGGGGCUGCCCUUCCGGGUAGGAGUGGGCCCCACGGAGCUUCUGGCACCGCUGGCGGCCAAGGCCCGCGAUGCCUUUUGGGGCGCCAGGAACCCGCUCAGAAAGCCGAAGCGCAUUUUGCGCCUUACGAAUUCGCCGACACUCAGCUCGUCCCGCCUUGACGACAUGGCCCUCGCGGGUGGCCACGGGAUGGAGCGACACCACAAUACCGCAGUGGAUGCGGGUGACAUGAAAAGUGGGAAAGAGUACCAGAUGGCCGAGGUCGUGCCGGAGCUGCACCCCCAGAAGCUGCGCGAGCAGGCGAUCAGGGACUUUCUCGGGGUGACGGAUCAGAUGUAUAGGUACCAAGAGCGACGCCGCAACGGUGAAGGGAUGAGAGCUGCAAGAAUGGAGCGGGGGAAGCUUGCCGGACACUACCAGAGUCAUGAGAAUGGCGCCAAGAGGGAGCACCUGGAGGCCAAGGACGUGGCGGAGCUGAACGCCCAGAACCCGCCCAAGGAAGCGAUGAGGGACUACCAGAGGGUGAUGAAACAGACGUAUGGUUACCAGAGGGAGGUUGCGGAGCUUCCUGGACUUACACAGAAAGGUGAGGCCUUGCUCCCCGACUCUGACGACGUGGCCCUCGCUGCUGGCCGCGGGAGGGAGCAACACCACGAUACCGCAGAGCAUGUGAAUGGAAUGGAAGCGGGGAGGGAGUACCAGAUGGCCGUGGUCACGACGGUGCUGAACCCCCAGACCAUGCCCGGGCACUCGAUCAGGGACUACUCCGGGGUGACGGAUCGGAUGUACGAGUACCGGGAGCGACACCGCAACGGUGAUGCAAAGACAGCUGCAACAGUGAAGCAGGGGAAGGUCGCCGGCCGGUACCAACAUGGUGAGAAUGGAGCCAGGAGGGGGUACCUGGUGGCCAAGGACGUGACUGAGCCGAACGCCCAGAACAUGCCCAAGCAAGCGAUGAGGGACUUUCUCGGGGUGACAUACGUGUACCAGGUGGGGCUUGCGGAGCGUUGUAGGCUUGCGCAGGCAGGAGAAGCCUUGCUCCCCGACUAUGCGGACUCGAGCGACCAGGUUAACUUGAUGCAGGCAAUCGGGGUCAUGCCAUUCUCAGCCUACCUUGUGGAACUGCAGCGUCAGCUCGAAGCCAUGCCCAAAGCGCAGCAGAAGCAGGCGGCGUACCACCUCCUCCGGUGGCUUAACUGGCAUGGCACGGAUAACAGGGCAGGCUACUGGUUGGGGCAUAUGCGAGGGCCCAUUGCCUCGGUGACAGCACUACUGGUGGUGGUUUGGAACGAGGCUCAAACGUGUGAAGAGGAGGUGGAGCACUGGCCGGCUGCGUGGGUGCUGGAACAGCGAGCACGCCUACGGCAGUACAUCCCGACACACCCGGGCUCGCUGGAAGCAUGGGGGAAUCCAAUCCCGGAAGGCAUGCCACACAUCAUGCUGUUCUCACGACCGCCGCCUGAGGUCACGCCUGACAGCUCACCGGUGGUGCUCGACUCGCAGGAUGAAUGCAAUGAAAGGCCGCAGGCCGAGCAGGAACGCGACCAGCCGCGGAAGCGGGUCUACCUGGAGGUGGAGGUCAGCUCGGGGUCGACGGAUGUGCCCAGGGUUGCUCGGGCCAUGCGUGUCCCGCUUGUGGGCGCGCCCCCGGAGGCAAUGCUGACAGUACGAGUUUGCGAAGAAGAGGCAGAGUGCGAGAGUACUGCCUCCACGGAAGCAGCUCACCCGCCUUCCGGCAGUAUGCAGCACUUGGUGCUGCCACAGCCGGCGCCAGACGACCUGGGCGCCUUGGGGAUCUCGCUCACGGACUACGUGCAAUUGUGGGAGGCCUGGAAGACUGGGUGUUUAUCCAUGGAGGAAAUAGCCCGGUGUCAUGGCGGAACAGCGGCAAGGGCACUGCAGAGACGGUGGGGGCCGAUGCCGACUGAGACUCACCUGGUGCCCGCCACGGUGCCAAUGGAGGAAGUGGAGGCGGACUUGACUGCCACUGGAGAGGGUGACGACCUAGUGGCGCCACUCUCGCUCGACGCUCCCCUAGACGCAGUGGAGGAAGUGGAGCGGCCGGCAGCGGAAACGGCCCAAGAUGACCAGGAUGGGACCUCGCUGUUGAUGCUCUACGCCCUCGCGCUGCCCUACCUCGUCGGGGCGGCCCAGGAGGAGUGUGUGCAGGUCCCGCCGAUGUUCAUCACUGUGGCGGUUCAGCAGGUUGAGUGCUGGCUGCGCCAAGGCCUAAGCGGGGCAAUGCUAACGGCGGGACUACUUCGGAAUGCGGAGGCAAGAGGGGACUUGGAGUAUAUGAAUGCCUAUGAGAGCUACAUUGAAAGCCUGGGGCUGCCCUUCGAAGCCAACUAUGCCCUGGUUGGUGAAAUCGCGGCCCAGGAUCGGGCCAUCCUGGUCUGGAUGGAGGCGGAGCUCUGGGAUGACUAUGUGGACCAGGUGGAGGAGCAGACUGGCUGGGAAAGUAACCAGGUGGGCACCAUGCGAGCAGCAGCGACUAUGUCCGGUCGGGACCGGCUCUGGUGGCGAGAUCAAGUACUGCUGGAUCUUGAGCGGCAAGGUCGACAGGAGGAUGAGCCUGAUGAGACGAACAUGGUGCAGACCGGAAGGUGGCUCUUCCUCUUGGGAUUGCGGGAUGGCGAGGACUACUGGAGCCUUCAACCAGUACUACCAGAAAGGGACAGACGGCACCGGGAAGAUGACCUACGCAGCCUGCCAGCCCGUGACCUGCCCGUCAUGAUGGCCGCCAUGCUCAGGGUUUUGUCAAUGCUUAUGGUGGAGUGCUCCCAGCUGCUCCUUGUCCACCCACAAACGCGGCCUGAUGAUGAAGUUCUGGUGGAAGUCCAUGACGAUGAACAUGAAGAUGAGGAGACCAUCUACAUGCAGGGCCGCAUGGUGGUGGAGAAGCGCAGACGCCUGGAGCACCAGGACGAGGUGGACCAGCUCGAAGAAGAUCGACAACAACACGAGCAAGACGAGCGUCAGAGACAGCAAGAGGAGCACGAUAGGGAGAUGGAAGAGCAGGCGAAAGAGGAUGAGCGCCUCUACCAAGCUCACCAGGGAGCGGUCUACAAGGACUGGGAGAAUUGGGAGGUGGCAAAUUACGUGCCGGGACCGCCUCGGCAGCGAAUGGUCAAGGUGAGAGUUCAGCAGGCCUUGGGGAAUGGUGACAUGGUCUGCCACGAUCUUCAGUGCUGCUUACCUCAUGGACGUGGGCUUCCCAGUGUGCUGGUCUCGAUGGAAGACGUGAUGGAGGCUACGAGGACCAGUGUGGGGCCGUCGGAGCCGUCUCAGCCUGAUCUGUCUGAAGGGUACCGGCAGUGGAAACUGGGACGUGUGACGGACGAUUGGGUCAGGGCGGCCUUCGGUGCGGAGAUCUUGUGCCUCUACCAUGCACAGCUCCUUGCGGAUGAGGAGGAGAACAAUGCUGGCAAUGGUGACGUUUGUGGACGAGAUCCGGCUGGACGGCGUGUACCUUCGACUGCUGUUGACUCUGUGAGGUCUGAGGGGGCUACUGGGGAUGAGAUGGUCCCGUGA